GUGCCCAAAGUGCAUAAGUUCCAAAUCAUAAUUCCUCCAUACGUUUCUAAGCAAAUUGAUGACUAUGAGUGCGGGUUUUACGUCUGUCAGUGGAUGUUGCACGGAGAGGCUGAUGAUAAUUCGUAUACGGCGGUUUGUAGUAAUAGAGGUCGACUAGCCUUGGCCAUAAUUUUAGUCAAAGAUCUCUCAAAUACAAGGCGCUCUCAAAUUAUUGAUGAAGCAAGGGCCGUUUAUGAAAGACAUUUCAAGGGGAAAAUCAGCUCAAAAUGC